CUUGACUUUUCUAAUUGUAUUUUGGGUGAUUUUUUUUCCCAUGUUGUUUUCCCAAAGCAUUGGAGGCUUAUGUUUCAUCAAGUCCCAAGGUGAUCUGAAAGCUAGCUAAGCACUUGUAAAUGGGAGAGGGGUGACGAAGGUAAUGGGACAAGUUGGAAGGAAGCGCCCAGAUGGGAAUUGCAUGUGUCGUAAGCCAAGUGUCUAAUGGCAGUCUGAGAAUACUGCACAAACUUCUCAGUUAAAAGUGUUUGUAACUCUUUUCAGUUCACUUUUAUAACAGAGGAGAAAUCACAAGGGAGCUAACGAAGCUGGCACAUUGGGGAGAAUCUGAAAUGAGAUCCUGUCUGGGAAAUGAAAGUUAAUGUGUGGGGUACAGGAGAAAUGUGAAAAAUAUUCAGCUGGCAGAAGCAAUCCGCAAGGCAGUUGUGGUUGGAAGAGACCUAGAGACGAAACUGCCCAAGAUAUAGCAGUCCAAAUUUCAUAUCCUCUUGGCAGGAGUAUUAUCCCAUGCUUUCGGAGAUGUGAGACUUUUGUUAAACUGGGCCCCAACUGGUGAUUGUUACAUAACUGAGCAGAGUUGCAAGGCAUAAAGACCUGUGUUCAUGCCCAAAUAGAACUGGAAACUUCAGACUGUCAUUGGCAGAAGCCCCUUGCCCUGCCAGGUUCUGGAUGCCAAGCACCUUCUGCCCAUGCAGCUGAUGAAUGCGUGAAGAGGAAGCUGACCAGGAGAGGGACUCUUGAGCAGCUGCUAAGAUGGGCAUGAGGAUCAAGUUGCACAGCACCAAUCACCCCAACAACCUGCUGAAGGAACUCAACAAGUGCAGGCUCUCCGAGACCAUGUGUGACGUCACCAUUCUGGUGGGGAGCCGCUCCUUUGCUGCACAUAAAGCAGUUCUGGCCUGCGCUGCAGGCUACUUCCAGAAUCUCUUUUUGAACACAGGGCUGGAUGCUGCCAGGACCUAUGUAGUAGAUUUCAUCACGCCAGCCAACUUUGAGAAGAUCCUCAGCUUUGUAUACACUUCAGAGCUCUUCACAGACCUAAUCAACGUGGGUGUCAUUUACGAGGUGGCAGAGCGGUUGGGCAUGGAAGAUCUGCUGAAGGCCUGCCAUUCAACCUUCCCUGACUUGGAGAGCUCAGCCAUCACGAAGCAGCCCUCUCUGUCCAUGGGCGAAGGCCGGUCAGGCCCUCUGAGCAGCACCUCGUCAGAACAGAAACAUUCUUUGGGUGAAAUCCGGAGCAGUGGGGAACAUUUUGGCCCUGAACGGAAUUACAUCUUGCAUGGAGAAGUGGCAGGCAGCUACAAAGAGGACGACCGGAACACCAUGAAUGAGGCCAGCCAGACCCUUUCCCUGAUGCAUCAGCAGCCUCCCAAGACAGAACAGGAAUCAGAACAAGGGCAGUUUGCUCCUGCCACAAGUAUGGCAACCCAGCCCAACCUGGGCAGCGUAAACGUUGCUCUUCAAACCACUACAGGCUCCUGCCAACAGUAUAAGGUCCAGAGCAAUGGUGACUACAGUAAGGGUGGCUUCUUUACUGCUGAUACUUCCCUAGACGUCUCCACAGGGAGCAACUCCUGUCCCAGCAACAGUGACCACUCCAAAGAGCAAGGUUUUGGGCAGAUGGAUGAGCUUCAGUUGGAGGACUUGGGGGAUGAUGAACUACAUUUUGAAGAUGCCAGUGAAGAGCUGGGCCCAACAGAAGAAGUUAUUGAGCUGAGUGACGACAGUGAAGAAGAGCUGGCCUUUGAGAAUGACAGCCGGGAUAGCAAGGCCAUGCCCUGUCAGGUGUGCAAAAAGGUCCUGGAACCCAACAUCCAGUUGAUCCGCCAGCAUGCAAGAGAUCACGUUGAUCUGCUUACUGGGAACUGCAAGGUCUGCGAGACCCACUUUCAGGACCGGAAUUCCAGGGUUACUCACGUUUUGUCCCACAUCGGGAUCUUUCUCUUCUCCUGCGACAUGUGUGAGACCAAGUUCUUCACCCAGUGGCAGCUUACCCUCCACCGAAGAGAAGGGGUGUUUGACAAUAACAUCAUCAUCCACCCCAGCGACCCGCUCCCGGGGAAGACCAAUAUGUUUGGUGGGGGGUCUGGCUCAGAGCUGGCAUGUGCUGCCUGCGGGAAGCCUUUGGCCAAAGAUUUUCACACUGUCCGCAACCACAUCCUGGACCACGUGAACUUGAAAAGCCAGACGUGUGGUGUGUGUGAUCAGAGGCACCUCAAUCUCUGCAGUCUGAUGUGGCACACUCUGUCUCAUUUGGGGAUCUCAGUCUUUUCCUGCUCCGUUUGUGCCAACAGCUUUGUAGAUCGGCACCUCCUGGAGAAACACUUGGCUGUUCACCAGAACAUGGAGGAGGCUCUUUUCCGUUGCCAUUUCUGUGGCCAGAGCUUCAAGCUGGAAGCAGCGUAUCGUUAUCAUGUCAGCCAGCACAAAUGUGGGGGCAGCCUGGACAUCCGACCCAGCUUUGGUGACCGACUCCAGCAGCAGGGCCUCCAGAAGAGGAAGCUGCCUGAAGAAUUCCUGAGUGAAGACUUGGCACUGCAAAAUCAGCCAGGCAACAGUAAGUAUAGCUGCAAAGUCUGUGGGAAGAGGUUUGCCCACACCAGUGAAUUCAACUACCACCGGAGGAUUCACACCGGAGAAAAGCCCUACCAGUGCAAAGUGUGUCACAAGUUCUUCCGUGGCCGCUCCACCAUCAAGUGCCACCUGCGGACACAUUCCGGCGCCCUUAUGUACCGAUGUACUGUGUGUGGGCAUUAUAGCUCCACACUCAACCUUAUGAGCAAGCACAUAGGCGUGCACAAAGGCAGCCUGCCCCCUGACUUUACCAUUGAACAGACUUUCAUGUAUAUUAUCCAUUCCAAAGAUGCGGAGAAAAACACAGACAGCUGAUUGGGUGAGACGGGACAGGGCCAGCAAAGGAGCAAAUGCUAAUUACAGAAGCUGUGGAAAAAUGUCAUUUAUUUUAUUCAAUGGUCAGACAUCAUGGAUGGAAUCCUCCUUUUCUAGUCUUUUUAAUUUUUGGGGGCCUUGCUAGGGCUUUUUUGAUUGGCAUUGUACAAAUUAACAGCAUGUAAGCUACAUCACCGUUUCCAAGAAGUCUGUCAUGUUUACUUACCUCUGGUCCUGUUAGAGGACAUUGAGUUCUGUGUUUUUAGCAUUUCUCACUAGGUUUUGAAUCUAGGUUGGUUGGUUGGUUGGUUUGUUUGUUUGUUUGAAACCUUUUAGCCCACUUGACUAGGCUAACCCUCUGAGCUUACCCACAAACUGAUGCUGCUAAGAUGCUGAAACCUGACCUCAGUAGAGAGGGACAGAGCCAGAGCAGGACAGUACUGGACUCAAAAAAUAACUGAAAGAAAAAAGACAGGAAAAAAAGACUCAUUCUAGGCAUCGCUGGGGUUCUGCUGCUAUUGUGAGGAGGUAAGCAAAGUCUGUGUCACAGAAUCAGCCUUGAAAUUGUCACUCCGUUGCAGGGGAGAUUAGCAAGCAGCAUGUGUGUGUGCACAUGCAAACGAGAAGAGGUACCUAGGAGUGAAUUAAUAGGAGGGUGAUUUGUUGCUCAGAAGGGCAAUUCCCCGUCAGUGCCUCUUGUGGUUGUGGUCUCUGGGAGGCCUGUCUGAACAGGGAGCGCAGCUGGCAGUUUCACUGCCCUCCCCAUGACAUGCCUCUCAAGUUUUCAAAGACCACCCCCUUCCCCCCCCCCCUUUCAGAACAAGGGAAAUGAAGGAGUAACUCCACCUCUUUGAAGAGAGCAGCCUGAGCAGAGGGGGUGGCUGCUCUGAAGGAGAGAUGGAUGUUUGAGCAGAGAUAUCUCUCAGAAGAAUCACUGAACUGGAGAAGGCAAGGGAAGCAGAUUUAUAUUGUGGGGCUGACUGCUUCUUAAGAAACAAUUUUUGAUGGAAUAGUCAUGCCUGGUUCUGCUGGCCCGUGGUCGGCCAUCACGAUGAGCAUGCUGACAUCUCCUCAGCUCUUACUUGUGUGCUUAUGACAGCCGUGCACGUAGAGCUCUGCCCGCGCAGUGUGCGUCUGAGGGCUUCCAGUUGUUGGAAGCGUUGGAUGUCUGAGAACAGCAUUGCUGAGGCCUGUGCAAAUCCCAGCAGACAAGGAUGUGAUGAAACCGUUGCCUUAACUCCCAGGAAGGUGUCUUUGAGAAGGACUAUUCUCUCUGCUAAAAAGAUAGCCCCCUCCCAUGGUUAAUGCAGUAAAUCACCACGUCCCAGACGUGUCUCUGUGAAACGUGUACUGCAGGAUGUUGUUGGUGCCAAUAUAAGUUGUUUCAUCUUUUACAGAAUAAUGCUGUAACUUUAGCACAUGCCAGCUGGUGGCUGCAACAGAGCAGCUCCAGAAACUUGCAGGAAUAGUAGCUGAUGUGAAUCUCAGCCUGUCCUGGACAAACGUCCAGCACAGGCUUGGGACUCCUCCUCAGAGCUGUGCGCCCUCCUGCAAAGUGGGCUUUCUCAGCUGCGCUAGCGAGGUUGAUCCCAUGCUUGUAAUGUUUACACCAGGAAGGGUGGGGGUUGGCUUUUUCCCAUGUUAUCCUGCUGUGGGGCAGAGGCGGAGAGGAACAAAUACUUCAAAUACCACAGCAUGAGUUAUAAUCACCCUUAGGUAACUCAUACUACCUCACAAACAGGAAGCGCUCAGGGCUUUCAAGCCACAGUCGUAUAGUAAAUUGGGCUCCUGCGCUUCUAUAAAGAUAUGCUAUUACAAAACAAAACUAGUGAUUUGCAAACCCUGUAAAAGUUAAUGCUUGAAGUCAUUCCACCUUUACCCUCCUCUUGAAGGGACAACCCACAACAGAGGAGCAGCAUGAUCUGGACGUGUGGUUACUGAGCUAGGAAUUUCUGGGGUUUACUCCCCCCGCUCCACUGUGGCCUUGGGCAAGUCACUUCACCUCUUUGCCUCAGUUUCCUCAUCUGUAAAAUGAGGAUGGUAACACUUGUGGUACCUACCUACCUCUCUGGAGUGUGGUGAAGAUUACUGGCUCAUAUCUGCAAAGCGUGUGGAAGAUGCAAAGCACUUAGUGAAUAUUACUAUUUAGCAUCCUAGGGCAAUAACAGCCUCCAUCCUUUCCUGUUCUGUACCGAUUUCUUGAGGUACAGCAACCACCUGGCAGGGUCAUUUUGCUCCUGUUGCAGCUUUCCCUAUCCAGAGCAAAUCUUCCUUUAGCUCUGCCCCCAUCGCAGUCCGGUGAAACAAGCUAUGUGGCAAUGUAAGAUUUGGGGCCAUGUUCCCCUCAGUGCUAGCUGCAUCUGAGAAGGGGAUUUGAGGAAGGGACUUGGCAGAAUGGGAAGGAGGAGCGUGCAUGCUGGGAUGUAGUGGCAUUGUAAUGCAACUGAAACCACAGUGCUUGAAAAGAGCUUCUCACUUGUCUCCUGGUAAAUUGCUGUCCAGGAGAAUAAGCAAGAGUUGGACUUUCCUUCCCAGGGAGGGAGAGAGUGGAGAUUAUACAAGUGUGCAACUGCUGGCUGCAUCUGGAAGCCUCUGGUUGUUAGCUCCAUACUCGGAAUCCUUCUCCGUCUGCGGCUGAUCCCUUUGGUUUGCCUAUAAAGCUGGUGUCCCUCCUCGGUAGCUCCAGAGUUUGCUUUGCUGUGACAGGGGCAAGAGACAGCAGCCCUGUGUCAAGCUAUAUUCCACCUGGCAGUGCUGCCCCCUGCGUGGACAUGAUGCCUCUUCCCAGAAAGCUCCUUUGUCCUGAGCUUGAAGUAAUCCUCCGUCACCCCAUGGACCUGCACAAACUGCACAAACACAAGGGGUCAGAGGAAUGGACCUUGCCUAGGAGGAAAAGGAGAAGCCAAGGCUGAUGAUAAGGCUGUUAAGAGUUUUGCGUCCCUUCCACAACCCAUGUAAUGUCGGCCAAGUUUGAGGCUGGCUGAUGUUGUCCUGGUGAUGUUAAACUGGACUCAUACUCUUGACGUUUUGGUGCCAGGAGUAUGUUUACAAGAGGAAAAUAGAUACUGAAAUGAUAGCUAACUCUUGUGAGAGAUGGGCAAGGGUAUUCCAUGCUUGUCAAGUAGAGCUGUGGUUUCCAAACUCUGGUCUUGUGGUACCACUGGUCAUCCAGAAGGCCUUAGCAUGUGAUCUUUAACUGGUCUGUGGAACCAUAUCUAGCCUAGUGUUUUUAAUUAAACAACAAAAAAAAAGAUGCUGAGAGUGCAUGGUGCUCUAGAAAAGUGUGGAGAGUUGACACUGGUUCACUGGAGGCUCCACUGAGGAGCUCUUUGAGUUAUGGGGUUUCUUUCAUUGUCCUGAUAGUAGCAAGAUGUGCUGGUAGACAAGACGAUUCAAAAGCCAUCUGGAUAGGGUUCGGGGCAACAUGUUCUAGGUGACCCUGCUUGAGCAAGGGGGUUGGAUUAGAUGGUCUCUGAGGUCUCUUCCAACCUCAACCAUUCUGUGAUUCUGUGAAGACUCUAGGAUGAUGGGAAAUGGAUGUGAUAUGUUCUGGAGAUUGCUAUGAAGGAUGUUGAGAGAGGCAGACUAGGCAUGGGAUAGCUGAGUCUUUAAAGCCUCAAGAUCCUCCUAAAAUGUCCCAGAAGCUGUAAUGAGCUUUUGGAUGGAUUGGGGCACUGUCAAGUGGUAAUGGUCUGUAGCCCCAUAUCUAGCUAAGCUGUGAAGCAAAAGCCUUUUGUGCACAUAAACCAAAAAGAGAAGCUUUUACACUGAAACACUAAUGGGCAAAGCAAGCCCACUCUUCUGAACACAGGGACAGGAAAGCAAAAGCCCACCCCAUUUUCUGCUGAUCGUUUUUGGAAGUGGGGAUAGGGACAGAGAUCUCAGUUCCCUGCUGUUUCUAUAUUUUGGAUUCUUCCCUAUGUUAUAAUGAAAUAUUCCUAUUCCCAUGUGAAAUAUUCUGCGAUCAGCACCAAGUUCUCAUUUGCUGAGGGAAUGUGGAGACAGGAUUUUGGUCUGCAGCAUUCUCUGGGUUUGCUGACCUUGUGUCGCUGCUCCUCCUCAGAUUUGCCAAAUGGCGAUUUUUCCACGAGAGGUCAAAGAUCUGAGCUCUCCCCAAGAAUCCAACAGUAGGACCCUGCCAGUGUGCAUUGGAGAACCGCUGCCCAGCAUGUCUAGUACCAGAUCAGAUCCCACAGAGUCUUUCCACUGGCUUUCCUGGGCUUUUAACCACGGCCGUAGCCCCUGACAGCAUGGCCCCGGUGCACGGGGUCCUCGGCACUUCUCCAAGCUGAUGUCCAGCUUUAGUGCUCUGUGUUCC